CGAGCCUCAAGAUGAAGUACAUUUCGUAUUUGCUAGUUUCUUCUAUAAUUGCCAACCAACUUCUCUAUGGACUGGCCGUUUUACUUGAACCCAAUUGUGGCCAAAUACCUUUUCGAAUGCGCAUUUUUGGCGGAAUGGAUGCUGGGUUAGUCUCAACACCAUGGAUGGCUUUUCUGCACAAUCACUUACAGUUCCUGUGCGGCGGCUCACUUAUCACGAGCGAAUUCGUGCUUACCGCUGCGCAUUGUGUGAUGCCCACUCCGAAAAACUUAACGGUUCGACUGGGAGAGUAUGAUUGGACAAGACAAAUGGAUUCCAUUAACCCGAAACACAGGCACAGGGAAUACAUGGUAACUAGAAUCUAUACGCAUCCCAGUUAUAGGUCGAUUGCAGCCUAUGAUAUAGCAUUACUGAAACUGAAUCAGACAGUUGAAUAUACAGUUGCCAUUCGUCCCAUAUGUUUGGUAUUGCCUGAAAAUUUCCACGAAUGGUAUUGGCUUGUGGAUUCUGUAGAAGACUUCACUCUUACCGGCUGGGGUGCGACCAAAACUGAACCUGUUAGCCAAGUACUCCAAUCCGCCAAUCUCACCCAGAUCGAUCGGGGAACCUGUCACGAUCGGUACGGACAUUCUGUCGAUCAUACCCACAUCUGUGCCGGAAGUAGCAAAUCAUUUGCCUGCGUCGGGGACUCUGGCAGUCCACUUGCAAUGAAGGUGGUGCAUAAUCGAAGAUACAUUCACGCUCAAGUGGGAAUUGUUAGCCGUGGGCCCAAGAAUUGUGAUGGAGUUACUGUCUUCACAAACGUUGUAAGCUUCACCGAGUGGAUUUUCAGGACCACUUUAUACGACGCGAAAUACAUGUCCUAACCAAAAGCUAGUAGCAAAUCAAUAAAUUUAUAUUAAACUUUGAACUAU